AUGGAUAAAACUAGCUUUUAAACUCUAAAAUGCCACAAACAUCAAAAAAAACAUCUUCAAUUCGUUUAAGUGAAUGAUGUUCUAAACCAAGAAAGUUAAAACAAAGAGCUUUUCUACUGUUCUUCAUGUUUCAAUCAUGAUCUUGAUUUUAAAUCAAUUAAUUAUCUGAUGAUUGAUUAGAUUCUCUAAGAAGCAGAAAGCGGCAUUAUCCCAAAAUGGCCUCCAGUCAACAAUUAUUAGAUUAUUUAAGACCUCAUAGAUCUCACUUCUAAAGAAUCUGAGUUAAAUUACGAAAAAUAAAUUAUUGAUUUCUUUAAUGAGUUCAAAUAAUAGCUUUUAGCAAAAUUAGACAUUAUCUAAAAAAAAAUGAUCAACGAAACUCAUAAAUAUCCAAUAGAUAAUCAUCAAAUUAUCAAAAGAUAUUAAGAAAUUUCAAAUAUCCUUUAAUUUAAGCAGCUUCUCAUGAAUGAGUAAGAAAAUAAUCUCUAAGAGCAUUCAACUCUUUAUUAAGAAUUUAUUUAGAAAUUUGAAAAGUGGACCCUUGACAUGCAACCAUUCUUAACAUAAAUAAAUUUCUAAAACUGUAUUUAAGAUAAAAAUAAAUUUGAUUUGCUUAAAAACUUGGGAAAUAAUAGAAUAAACGAUAUAAUUAUGACUGCUUAGAAGGGAUUAUUGAAUUUAAAUUUAGAUUUGUUUGGGACUGAAUAUUAAAAUGGACAAUAAGUAAUUGUAGUUAGGAAAAAUGCAAAUAAUGAAUACAUCAUUACAAAAAUAAAUAGUAAUACAUUUACUGAUUGUAUUUCUAAUUUUGAUUUAAAUAAGAAUCUAAAAUACGUUUUUAGGAUAUAAAUUGAAAAAAUUAAUCAAGGAAACAUAUUUUAUGUAGGUCUAAUGAGAAAUUCUAUCUCUAAAAAUUAAGGUGGGUGGGAAGAUUACUUGACUUGCUCACUAGAGAGCUAAAAUGAAUAUUUAAAAAAAAAAUAUAAUAGUGGAAUAAAUAUCUUACUUAAAGGAGAAAGUGAAUUUAAGGCAAAAAAAGAUGGUUUAAUAGAAAUACGAGUAUGCUUAAAAGAUAAAUUAUUAGAAGUGACUGAUUUUCCUAAUUAUCAAUAUAAACUAGGAUUGGAAGAUCAGUAUAAAUCUAAACUUGAAUAAUACGAAGAUUUAAGAUUUUAUUUAGGUUUUUAAUGUUCUGAUAUCUAAAUAUGCUUUAAAGAUGUGGAAAUUGUUGAUGAGUUUAAAUAUUGA